AUGGUGGCGCGUAAGAAAUCCUCAUAUGAAUCGAAGAAAGAUAGAACUCCCCCGCCCUCCUCUCCUCAAACGCCGUAUGAGACCCAAACGAUAAUCAAGAAUGCCGUCCCGAACGUCGAGGAAAGACGUGCACGGUUUGGAAGGAUGGACUUCAAAUUAACCAAAGAGCAACGAGGCCUAAGACGACAGCCCAUUCUCAUCACGGCACCCCCACCAGUGGUUAGCCCCUACACGCUCAGGCACCGCAAACGCGUUUUCCGCUAUACAGCGAAGAAACAUGUGCAACGGUCCGACCAGGCGGAGCUCCCUCGUCAGACCGUCGUCUCGCCACCGAUUUUGAUGGGUACGCAAUCGAUGGCGGCGUCCGAGUCUGCCCUCCGCGCUUCCUACGGCAGAGAACACGCUCGCGCCACCGCCCCCAGAGCGAACCAACGCCACAGUGGAGGUGCGAGAGGUUAUGGGAUCGAAUUCGAGUCGCAAGGUCCCCCCUCCGCACUACCGCAUCCAAUCAUUCCAUCUCUCCAAGCGGCGCACCCUCCCAACCUAUCCCCAGCACCGUCUUCCCUUGUGGAUAGACCGAAGCGCUCUUACCAUCGCGACAGACGCACCCCCAACUUUCCGCGUCGUCUUGGGUCACCCUACGUCGAUACCCGGCAGAGGCCCACUCCGUAUGACAAGCCGCAGGCCCCGGUCGACACGUCGAAGCGGAUCAAGGCAGGCGCGGAGGCAUCGGCGCCGCGAGCUACUGGCGCUUCGGCUUCCAACGCGGUUGACCUUGCCUUUGGCCACCUUCAGCCUGGUGUCGCGACAGGAUGGCUACAGAGCGGCGCCAGCUAUGUCUCGUGGACGGGAACGCCGCACUUUGGCACGACCGCGAGUUACCCGACCUUCAGCGACGGCCAGCGCCGCGGCGUUUUCACUUCCGCGCACAUCUUCGACGCCCGGUACUCGCAGGAACAUCUCGGCGAGAUGGCCCUUGCUGGCCAGCAUGUGGGGCGCAUGCAUUAUCCUCAGCAUAUGCAGCGUGUGGACGCAUCGGACAUACCUGUGCCGAGGCAAGUACAGUUGCCUCCUCACGCCCCCCGCGUCGCCGUCAAGAUGGGGUCCCAUCCGUUCCAGCCUGCACUCCAGGAAGUUCAUUCCCAUGCUGGUACAGACGCUCGUCUCAUCACCGCCGCACCCUCGUCUCGAUCCCGGGGUGAUCCCACCCCGUCCUUCCAUCGCCCCAGCCCCGAGCGACAGAGCGAGCUUCGGGACGCUCUCCCAGGGUCCGUCACCUCCACAACCCACCGGAUCGACAGUGGGCGUUACGGUGGCGGCACCGUCGUUGCGAACGAGUCUGAUACUAUAUGGACAGCUCAGACUGCGGGGUCCGACGAGGCUAUCAGUCUUGAGCUGCAGCCGGCUUCAGGGAGCGCUCAUGAAGCGACAGCUCGUUAUCCCCAGAUAUCUCCCCUCCUCGGUGAGAAGUGGAGGGAUUCGCUCCCGCUAACUCCCCCGCAAGUCGGUCUAGCAAACUCGGAAGAUCACCUCAAAGAGUUUCGCAAUGCGCCGAAAGUGCGCAUGAGCACAUAUUCCUCGUUGGAUGGGGCGGUGUCCCCAAUGUUUUGA